GCGUGCGCCGCUCCCAGGAGCGCGCCCGAGGCGGGAGCGCGCGCCGGGCCGGAGGCUCGGGCGAACGCGUCCUCCCUGGCUUCCCUGGCCGGUCGUGGCCGGAAGCGGUGGCGACUCCCGGGGGAAGUUGAGGCCCCUGUGGGGGAGGAGGCCGCGCGGGCCCAGCCUGCCUGACCGGAAACGGCGGCCCCGGGGGGCCCGUCGUGGCCCCGGGCCUGCCCCCAUUCCUUCCCCCUUUCAAAGGAACUCGGUCCCGCUGUCGUCCCGGGCGGGCUGCGUGCGGCCUUUGAUCCGGCCGAUAAUUACGGGCUUUCCGGCCGGCGGGAGGCUCAUUCAUUCGCCCCUGCGCGGGCGGCGGGCAGGAAGCGCGUGCGCCAGAGGGGAAGUGAUGGGCCAAGGUCAGGCACCGCGUGGCCCGCGGGGCAGGGCAAGGACGGUGGCCAGGCCCGAUGGCCAUCCCGAGGCCUCCCGGGCGCCGAACCGCGCCCCUGAACCCCAGCUCCCAGUCUCCACCGUAAAGGGGGACACCCCAGUUCGUGGAAAUGAGUGCCCUUCGGUCCCGCGGGGUCGGGCAAGCUUGGGAUGGCGUGAUCAGUCGGAAAAGUGAGCCACAGCGAGUGUGGACAGAGGCUGUUACAGAGCCGUUACCAAUGCUUGGCACCAAGGACAGGGAGAUGAACAAGGUCCCUGAGGGAGCGGGUAGAGACCUGGACAGAGGUCCGUGCCCCUCUCCCCUCUCCACCCCCGUCCUCAUCCAGGGGGCCGAGGGAGCCAGGGAAGACACCCCACCCAGCCCAAUCCAGAGGGGCAGUCAGCGUUUUAGGAAAGGACUGACUUGGUUUGGGUUUUCCGUGUGGUUCCUGGUGCCCGGCCCUGCGUUGGGCAAUGCUGAGGAUCCAGCUAGGAGCUGGGUCUGGCCUCGCUUCUGGGGAAGCACAGUUGCUGUUGAUCCUGGCUUAUCUCCUAAGACUGUAAGCCUCUUUGGCUAAAUGCAGCUGGCAUUCACCUACCUGUCUCUGCUGUAGUCUCCUUUGUCCUCCUGCCUCAGCCACAGAGAACAUUGAGAUCAGAUUCCUUCUAAUGUUAUCUCUUGUAUUAGCCCUUUUCCUCCUGGAAGUCAUCCAGGUCUGACCACCACCCAGCAGAGCUAGAGAACAGGGAGGGCUUAGCACCAUGCUGGGCCCAGGAGCAGCACUGUAGUGUGUUAGCCCGGGGCUCUGGGGUCAGACUGACUUGCUUUCAAGUCCUAACUUCACCGUUCAUCACCUUUGUGACCUUGCGGCACAAGUAAUUUCUCAGUUUCUACUUGAGUGAAACAGGGAUAAUAACAAUAGUAUUGAUCUUGGCAGGAAGAUUCUUAACGCUUUCCUCUUAGAGCCAAAGCAAAUCUCAUAAAAGUGGGUGUAAAGCAUGUGGACAGGCCUCUGGGGCCAGGCAUUCCUAGGCCAGGCUCUGGCUCCGUCUCUUCCAGCCCUGUGACCUUUGACAUGCCACUUCCCCUUUCCCAGGCUCAGUUUCCUUCUCAGUCCCUUAAGAUGGAGAGCACAGUCGACCGUUCGCUGGAUAAGCCUGGUCCAUCAAAGCUGCUGCCCAGGCCCCGCCCUGUGCUGGGCCCUUGGACACAGCGGUGGUCCUGGUGCAGUGCUCUGCGGUGGGGUGGGAGAGGAGGGUCACUCAGCUGGGCAGCACUUCCUGUCCUGGAGCAGCUCAGAGCCCUGGUGGGGAGGCACGUGCAUGGAAGCCCAAGGCUCGGGAAUUUGCCAGGAUGGCCCUGGGAGCUAGAGGAACCCAGAGGGAGGGCAUUCUGGUCAGGGAAGGAUGUCUGGGGAGAUGGCGUGUUCCGAGUCUUGAAAGACAGAGGAAUCGGCCAAGAGGACUCUGGGACUCUGGAGAGGAGGAUGGGACCCAGACAUGGAGCUGCGGGAAGAGGCGUGGUCUCCGGGGCCGUUGGAUUCUGAGGACCAGCAGAUGGCCAGCCAUGAGAACCCAGUGGACAUCCUCAUCAUGGAUGACGACGACGUCCCCAGCUGGCCCCCAACCAAGCUGUCCCCGCCCCAGUCGGCGCCCCCGGCUGGUCCCCCGCCCCGGCCGCGGCCGCCCGCCCCCUACAUCUGCAACGAAUGCGGCAAGAGCUUCAGCCACUGGUCCAAGCUGACGCGGCACCAGCGCACACACACGGGCGAGCGGCCCAACGCCUGCAGCGACUGCGGCAAGACCUUCUCGCAGAGCUCGCACCUGGUGCAGCACCGGCGCAUCCACACGGGCGAGAAGCCCUACGCCUGCUCCGAGUGCGGCAAGCGCUUCAGCUGGAGCUCCAACCUCAUGCAGCACCAGCGCAUCCACACGGGGGAGAAGCCCUACGCCUGCCCCGACUGCGGCCGCAGCUUCACGCAGAGCAAGAGCCUGGCCAAGCACCGGCGCUCGCACAGCGGCCUCAAGCCCUUCGUGUGCCCGCGCUGCGGCCGCGGCUUCAGCCAGCCCAAGAGCCUGGCGCGCCACCUGCGGCUGCACCCGGAGCUGUCGGGGCCUGGCGUGGCGGCCAAGGUGCUGGCGGCCAGCGUGCGCCGGGCCAAGGCACCCGAGGAGGCGGCGGCGGCGGACGGCGAGAUCGCCAUCCCGGUGGGCGACGGCGAGGGGAUCAUCGUGGUGGGCGCGCCGGGCGAGGGGGCCGCGGCGGCCGCAGCCAUGGCGGGCACGGGGACCAAGGCGCCGGGACCCCGCUCGCGGCGCGCCCCGGCCCCCAAGCCGUACGUGUGCGUGGAGUGCGGGAAGGGCUUCGGGCACGGGGCCGGGCUCCUGGCCCACCAGCGCGCCCAGCACGGGGACGGGCUCGGGGCGGCGGGGGGCGAGGAGCCCGCGCACAUCUGCGUGGAGUGCGGCGAGGGCUUCGUGCAGGGCGCGGCGCUGCGGAGACACAAGAAGGUCCACGCCGUGGGCGCGCCCUCCGUCUGCAGCCGCUGCGGACAGAGCUACUACCGGGCAGGCGGGGAGGACGACGACGACGACGACGACGAGGAGGCGGCGGGCGGGCGGUGCAGCGAGUGCCGUGGCGGGGAGGGCCGGUAGGGGCGGGGGCCCGGGGGGGCAGGGCCCCUCGGGCUUGGCGGGGACGACGGCGCAGGACCCAGAGACCCGGGGAGAAACGGACAGAGGGCUGCCCCGGACCGGCGGCGCGCUCUACCCCCUCCCCUCCCGCGGCCUGUGCGGCCUGAGAGGUGCGGCGGGCCUGGGGCGGGACACUGGGGACGCUCACCGGGCCGCCCGGCCCCUCCCCGCGCCCGGCCCUCGGCCUGGCCUGACCCUUGUAGGUUCUCGGCCGAGCCCGAAUCAAGACGUGUGAGAACUAGAGAGACCAAGAUACGACAAAACCCACGAGCGAAAGACCAUUUUCCCUCUUUCUCUUCCCCACCAACGGGGGGUGUUGAGAAGAUGCCGAACAUUGGGACCUUUCCACUCGGAGGGGCCCCAGAGAGGGAAGGGAAAGAGGGGUCCUUUUCCCUUUUAGAAUUUUCUUUAUAAUCAUAUCCCCUUCCUGACCCCGCCUACCUAUUAUUUUCUCUCUUCUUCGCGGGUCCCAUCCUUUUUCCUCGCCCUAGUCCUUCCUCCCCCUCCUGGAUCUGGGGUAGCAGAGAAGUGCUGGAGCGGAACUAGCCCCUGUCCCAGGCGCACCCCGCAGAAAACGGGUUCCCGUCUCAUCCCAGGCCUGGGCACGGUUGGAGGAGGGGUGCGGGGGGCAAUAAAUCGCACUAUCCAAUUGUC